AUGGCUCCUAAACAACUCUUUCGUUUCCCCCCCGGUGAAGCUUUCACUACCCUUCUCCAACGAAAUAAAGAAUGGGCAGAACGUGUUCAAACAGUCCGUCCCUCUCUCUUCCCAACAAAUGCACAAGGUCAAUCUCCACAAAUCUUAUGGAUUGGCUGCUCAGACUCUCGUGUUUCAGAAGCUUGUCUUGACUUAUUACCAGGUGAAGUCUUUGUCCAUAGAAAUAUUGCAAACUGUGUUCAUAAUGGUGAUCUCAACUCCCUCUCAGUAAUUCAAUAUGCCGUCCAAGUACUUAAAGUUAGACAUAUUGUUGUUUGUGGCCAUUAUGAUUGUGGUGGUAUUUGGGCUUCACUUACUACAAAAAAAUUAGGCCUCAUUGAUAACUGGCUAAGAGGUAUCCGUGAUGUUAAAGUCAAACACCGUAUUGAACUUGAUGCAAUUAAAGACCCAAGACAAAAGGCUAACAGAUUAGCUGAGCUUAAUGUUAUUGCCCAAGUUCAUAAUGUCCUUAGAAAUGAUCUCGUCAUGGAAGCUGUCGGUACUGGUCAACUUCAAGUCCAUGGUGUGGUUUAUGAUGUGGGUUCUGGUCUGAUAUCGGAGCUCGACAUUCCGGAAGAUGAAGAUCAAAGUUUAUAUUACAUCACUGAAAACUAA